AUGAGAAGUAAUCUCUUCGCCGCCGCCCUCGGGGGUCUCGUCUCCAAUACCAUUGCUGCACCAACCCAAGCAGAGCCCUUCCUCACUCAGGUCAACAACCAGACGUGGGUCAUUGGCAACGAUGUCUGGAACAUGACACAAGGCCUCAGGUACGGCGUGAAGCUCAACUACAAGGACCGCGACCUCGUUGGGAACGCCGUUGGCCACUACGUCAGCUACAACGGCGCCGCUAACGAUAUCGCCUGGACCUCGGCCAGUAUCGUUAAGAAGGGCAACUACGAGGGCAAGCCCUUCAUCGACGUAAAGUUCACCUCCGUCGACGGUGACUUCCACUGGGUCAUCUUCCAGGGGCUCGCGGGCGCCUAUCAGUACUUCGUCAAUCACAACUUGCCCACGCUGGGCGAGUUCCGCACCCUCUGGCGUCUCGACAACACGACCUUCCCAAACGGCAAGACGGAUCUCCACGACAAGCCGCUGCCACCGCUCAGUGACUACCUGCCCGAGAACAAGGUUCAGGACGAAACCUGGCGCACGCCUGACGGCUCCGGGUACAUCACCAAGUACGACUUUUCCGACUUCAUCCGCACGCAGAAGUACUACGGCGUCUACGGCGACGAGGUGGGCAGCUGGUACAUCAACGCCGGCAAGGACUACUACAAUGGCAACCACCUGAAGCAGGAGCUCAUGGUCCAUCGUGAGAGCGCCACGGGUGACGCCGUCCAGCUCAACAUGAUCCACGGCACUCACUUCCAAGUCUCUGCCGUCGAUGUGUUCCCCGACGGCAAGAUGUGGGGCCCAUGGCUCUGGUACCUGAACGACGGCUCCAAAUCUGACGCCGAGUCCCGCGCCGCCUCCGAGUUCGCCGCCUGGCCCUACCCCUGGCUCGACGAUGCCGCCUAUCACUCCCGCGGCACCGUGAAGGGCAAGCUCCUCCUCUCCGACGGCCGCCCCGCCGCCGGCGCCGCCGUAUUCCUCGGCGACAACUACCCCAACAAGACGGCCCUCGACAUGGGCUCCGACUACUACUACACCACCUACGCUGACGCCCAGGGCGCCUUCGAGAUCCCGCACGUCCGCACCGCCGCGAGCGGCUACGCUCUGCAAGCCUGGUCCAACGGCGGCGCCCUCGCCGACGUCACCACGCACAUCAUCUUCAACGACGUCAAGGUCGACGACGCCCAGACCACGGACCUGGGGACCCUCGACUGGGCCGUCUCGAAGCGCAAGCGGCUCUUCCAGGUCGGCGACUUUGACCGCACCUCGCUCGGCUUCGCGCACGGCGGCGACCCGUACUUUGGCCACGCUAUCAUCGCCUCCUGCCCGGCCGACAUCGUCUUCCGCGCGGGGUGCUCCAAGCCCAGCGACUGGUGCUACGGGCAGACGUACAAGGGCAACUACACCAUCAGCUUCCGCAUCGGGGAGAUCCCCUCCCCGGCGCCCGAGAAGGCGAACCUCGUCGUCUCGCUGGCUGGGUACUCGACCGGCGCGAGCAGCACCAUCUUGGCCAACGGGCAGCAGGUCGGGAACCUCACGAGCGGCGCCGUCGGGGCCGACUCGACGUCGGGCCUGCUGAACGACCCGUCGGUGUAUCGCAGCGCGACGGCGGCGGGCGAGUGGAGGCUGUUCCAGUUCCCCGUGCCCGGCGCGCUGCUGAAGCAGGGCGAGAACGAGGUAACGUUCCAGCUGACGCGGAACACGACCUGGAGGGGCUUCAUCUGGGACAGCAUAGUCCUGGAGUGGUAG